GCGGCCCGGGAGCGCUCCCCGCGCUCGGCCAAGCGCCUCAUAGACGCGUGCGCCCGCGCGGAAGAGUGGGGCGAGCCGGACGCUGACACUCGCGCUGCCUUCCUGCUCGGGGGCGCGGGCGUGUACGCCGUGGCCACGCUCGUGUACCACGCCCUGGGCCGCUCCGACUAUGUGCAGCCGCUGGGCAAGUUCCGGGCUCUGUGCGCCGUCUGCGCGCCAGUCUCCUUCCUGGAGUGUGGCUCCGACGAGCUGUUCGUGGGCCGCGCGGGCUACCUGUGUGCCGCUCUGGUGCUCAAGCAGAAACUCGCCCAGGAGGUGCUGACCCCAGCACAGAUCAAAUCAAUUUGCCAGGCAAUUCUGGACUCUGGGAAGCAGUAUGCCAUAAAAAAGAGGAAGCCAUUCCCUCUGAUGUAUUCUUACUAUGGAACUGAAUACUUGGGAGCAGCUCAUGGUCUGUCGUCCAUCCUUCAGAUGCUUCUUUCUUACCAUGAGCACCUCAAGCCCUCAGAUCGGGAGCUGGUGUGGCAGAGUGUGGACUUCCUCAUGGAACAGGAACAGAACUGCAACUGGCCACCUGAGCUUGGCGAGACCAUCGAGAGAGAAAAUGAGCUGGUCCAUUGGUGUCAUGGUGCUCCAGGAAUUGCCUAUCUGUUUGCCAAAGCUUAUCUGGUUUCCAAGAAACCACAGUACCUGGACACAUGUAUCCGGUGCGGGGAACUCACAUGGCAGAAGGGCCUGCUAAAAAAGGGGCCAGGAAUUUGCCAUGGGGUGGCCGGCAGUGCCUAUGUCUUCCUGCUGCUGUAUCGACUCACAGGAAAUUCGAAAUACAUCUACCGAGCCCAAAGGUUUGCCCAAUUCUUAUUUACCGAGGAAUUCAAGGCUGGCUCUCGGGUCCUUGAAAGUAUAUACAGCUUGUAUGAAGGCUUCUCUGGGACGGUGUGCUUUCUGAUUGAUCUGCUGCAGCCCAAUCAGGCUGAAUUUCCUCUCUUCAGUGUCUUUGUGUAGAAGGCUCCAUCUUCCACUGUGGCACUACAGUAGGCCCCUGAGAUUUCCUGAGACCACCCAAGGCAGUUUCCACAUAAGCCACUUUCAAUGGUAUCACGACCAUGAGCCUUAACAUUGCAGCCAGAAAGAAGGAAGGGUUCAGGCAGGUGAUGGCCACAUGCUACCAGCCUUGAGAGAUAACCUGCAAAACAAAGACACCACAACACAUUUAAAAACCGUAGAGAUUUAGUAUUUUAG